AUGGCGACGGGAGCUGAGCGUAAGCUUCGGGGAUUGAAGAAUCGUAAACGCAGUAUACUGGCAUCGUUUGCGUGCAUCACAGAAUUCGCCGACAAUUUCCAAGCAGAAUAUGAUGCACUGGAACUUUCUGUUCGUUUAGAUAACCUAGCUGCAUUAUGGACGGAGUUUAACUCAGUGCAGUCCGAAUUGGAGGUUUUGGAAGACGUGGAUGAAGUAAUGGAUGCGUAUCUGAAGGAUCGCACCGAGUUCGACAGAUGCUAUUACCGCACUAAAGACUUGCCUAGUGUCUCAGUAGACGUAUCAACAUGGGACAUUCCAAACGGAAUUCAAUUAGCCGAUCCCUCGUUCUACAAACCGAGUAACAUUGAUGUUAUUAUAGGGGCAGAGCUGUUCUUCGAUAUUUUCAACCCGUCGGAACGUAUAUUAUUGGGAAAUUCAUUACCAUGGUUAAUAAACUCGAAGGUUGGAUGGAUCGUCUCCGGCAACACACAUCAGAAGUACACAAAUAUCCCAUUUGCAUGUAACAUUGCUACUACAUCAGAUCUGCACCGUGAUAUGGAGCGUUUUUGGUCCAUCGAAGAUGAUUCGAUGAAGGCAUUCUCACCUCAAGAAACAGCGAGUUUGUGCACAACCUUGGCGAUAAUAAACAAACCGGGGCACAUUGAAAGCCGCUUCAAUCGAACUCUUGCCAAGGAAUACCGAGAUUUCAUGGACGAGUAUUUGAGACUCGGUCAUAUGCAACAAAUUGAGGAAGUUCAAACUACUACACCAUCUUCAUUCUUUCCUCCACAUCAUCCGGUCAUCCGUGAAGACCACACAACGACCAAGGUUCGCGUCGUGUUCGACGCAUCGUGCAAGAGUGCAACUGGUUUGUCAUUGAAUGACAUCCUGGAAGUUGGACCAGUAAUCCAGGACGAUCUACGCUCAAUUGUUAUGAGAUCGCGGUUGCAUUCUUUUUUACUGAUUGCAGACAUAACAAAAAUGUUUCGUCAGAUAAAUCUCCACCAUAAAGACACACCUUACCAAAGGAUAUUUUGGCGUUCCUCAUCAUCGGAGCCAGUUCGAAUGUAUGAGUUAAAAACCGUCACAUAUGGCACUGCAUCAGCCCCAUAUCUUGCCACUCGUGUACUCAAACAGUUGGCGAAGGACGAGGAACAAAAUUAUCCACUUGCAUCCAGAGCCACACUGGUUGACUUUUACAUGGAUGAUUUCGUUUCUGGUACAAGCACUAUAUACGAGGCAAUCGAACUCCAAAACCAGAUGGAUUCCAUGUUCAAAUCUGCUGGCAUGCAACUCCGAAAAUGGGCAUGCAACUCAUCGGAAAUUUUAAAGUAUAUUCCUGAAAACAAUCGAGCAUUAGAAUCAUCUGUUGACCUUGAUAAGGACAAGUCGAUCAAAACAUUGGGUUUGCAUUGGGAACCCAUGACUGAUAGAUUGAAAUACAUGAUACAACUGGAGCCCGACGAUGUUACACAGCCAAUAACGAAACGUACAACGCUUUCUUGCAUUGCGCGGAUAUUUGAUCCGUUAGGAUUAGUCGGCCCGGUGGUGGUUACUGCAAAAAUAUUCAUGCAGAUUUUAUGGAGUCUGAGAGAGGAAAAUGGAAAGGUAUACGACUGGGAUUGCGAAUUGCCCGCAGACAUUAAAAAUCAAUGGAAUACAUUCUACAUGCAAUUGGAUCGUCUUAACGAAUUUCGUAUCGAACGACAAGUGCUACUUCCGGAUGCAACUUCUAUCGAAAUGCAUAUUUUCUCUGACGCUUCUGAGCACGCUUACGGAGCGUGCGUAUACUUACGCACAGCAAACAGUUUAGGCGAAAUCAAGGUUGCACUUCUUACGUCACGUUCCAAGGUGUCGCCACUGAAACAAUUAAGUAUCCCACGCUUGGAAUUGUGUGCAGCUUUGAUUGCCGCUGAAUUGCAUCAAAAGGUAUUGGAUUCCUUACGUCUGGAAAUAGUGACAUGA